UGGCCUGACCCGGCUCUGCCCCUGCUGCGCGCCACCUGUCGCCGCCUCCUCCGCGCCGCCCGCCGGUUGCCUCCGGCCAGGCCCAUGGGCGGAGGGCGUCACUCCUGGGCGGAGCGGCGCGGGACUGCUGGGGGAAGUCCGCGGCUCCGGCCCUUGCCGCUCUCAGCCUCUAAGUCUACAGCUCCUCCUCCACCUCAUCCCGGACGGCCGCCACCCGGUUUCCUGCACUUUGCUGCCGCCAGCGCCGCCGCCUCCGCCGACACCGCCACCCCGCCUCUCCCGGGACCGUGCAAAGGGCGGGGAGGCCGGCGAGAGGAGGAGCCUGAGGAAGCCUUCCCAGAUGCUCCAGUGGAGGCACUCCCCAAACCAGAGCCCAGCACUUCCUUUCCAUGAGCUGGUUCCUGGCGGGACAUGUCACCUGCAGUGGGGGAGAGAGCCUAGAGAGAACCAGGUUAGUGAGGUCAAGAGGGCAACUGAGCUGGAUCGGAGGUCUGUGGCAUUUGGGCCUCUGAAGUGGGUUGGA